CCCGUGCUGUGACUUCCUCUCUGUCUGUCUCGCCACCAUGCUGCCGCGCACCUCAGCCUUCCUCCUGCUCUCUCUCUGCCUCUCCUGGGGGAUGUCUGCUUCUCUGGUCAGGAACAUCACUCCUGAAGAGGAAGUCCCAGAAGCAGAAACCAUGUUCGGGGAUGACACCGUUGCUGCUGCUACCGAGGGUGAUACCGUGGGUGAUACCGUGGGUGAUACCGUGGGGGCAGAUAGCCUGGUUGUUGAUGAUACGCCUACUGCUGUAGAUAUCAGGGUGGAGGGUGAUACCGUGGGGGUAGAUAGCCUGGUUGUUGAUGAUACGCCUACUGCUGUAGAUAUCAGGGUGGAGGGUGAUACCGUGGGGGCAGAUAGCCUGGUUGUUGAUGAUACGCCUACUGCUGUAGAUAUCAGGGUGGAGGGUGAUACCGUGGGGGUAGAUAGCCUGGUUGUUGAUGAUACGCCUACUGCUGUAGAUAUCAGGGUGGAGGGUGAUACCGUGGGGGUAGAUAGCCUGGUUAUUGAUGAUACGCCUACUGCUGUAGAUAUCAGGGUGGAGGGUGAUACCGUGGGUGAUACCGUGCGGGUAGAUAGCCUGGUUGUUGAUGAUACGCCUACUGCUGUAGAUAUCAGGGUGGAGGGUGAUACCGUGGGUGAUACCGUGCGGGUAGAUAGCCUGGUUGUUGAUGAUACGCCUACUGCUGUAGAUAUCAGGGUGGAGGGUGAUACCGUGGGGGUAGAUAGCCUGGUUGUUGAUGAUACGCCUACUGCUGUAGAUAUCAGGGUGGAGGGUGAUACCGUGGGGGUAGAUAGCCUGGUUGUUGAUGAUACGCCUACUGCUGUAGAUAUCAGGGUGGAGGGUGAUACCGUGGGGGUAGAUAGCCUGGUUGUUGAUGAUACGCCUACUGCUGUAGAUAUCAGGGUGGAGGGUGAUACCGUGGGUGAUACCGUGCGGGUAGAUAGCCUGGUUGUUGAUGAUACACCUACUGCUGUAGAUAUCAGGGUGGAGGGUGAUACCGUGGGGGUAGAUAGCCUGGUUGUUGAUGAUACCCCUACUGCUGUAGAUAUCAGGGUGGAGGGUGAUACCGUGGGGGUAGAUAGCCUGGUUGUUGAUGAUACGCCUACUGCUGUAGAUAUCAGGGUGGAGGGUGAUACCGUGGGGGUAGAUAGCCUGGUUGUUGAUGAUACGCCUACUGCUGUAGAUAUCAGGGUGGAGGGUGAUACCGUGGGGGUAGAUAGCCUGGUUGUUGAUGAUACACCUACUGCUGUAGAUAUCAGGGUGGAGGGUGAUACCGUGGGGGUAGAUAGCCUGGUUGUUGAUGAUAUGCCUGCAGUGGAGGAACCUGUAGAAGACACCCCAGUGGCCGAAGACCUGGUGGCCGACAAGCCUGUUGCAGAUACCGUUGUAGCUGGGGCAUUUGUAGUCAAGGAACCAGUUGCGGACUCCCCUGUUGCUGAUGCUCCGCUAGUAAACGCCCCUGUCAUGGCAGAUGAAGUCCCAGACACAGAGGCCCUCAUGGCGGACAUGCCAGUGGUGAAAGACCCUGCUUACAUGGAUCCGGAGACCCUUGUUAAAGAGGCCCUGAUAACAGAAGCCAUGAUUAAAGAGUUGUCUGCCCAGGUGGAGAAGGAAGACCUCGCUAAAGAGACUGAGAUUCAGGACGCCAUCUUGAAAGAUUUGGCUGACCAGGAGGCACUAGAAAAAGCGACAGAGGCCAUUGAAGAGGCAGCAGAGACAGAGGCAGAGGCAGAAGCAGAGGCAGAGGCAGAAGCAGAGGCAGAGGCAGAGGCAGAGGCAGAAGCUCCAGCGGAGGAUACAGCCAGCCCUGUGGUACCUGUCGUCGAAGCCCAGGAAGAGGACUCUGACUGGGGCUUGGUUUCCAUCAAAGAGAGCCUCCAGGCAGCCAAUGGAUACUUUGACUCCCUGGUGGAAUUGAUGGGGGGACGCAACGGAUUGUGUCAGUACAAAUGCAAAUACGGUAAGACACCUGUGCAUCGCAUUGGUUAUGUGACCCCAGAGCCCAAUGGUUGCAGCUCCGACCUCCUAGGAUUCCAGGUACCAGAUAGUUUUGACAUGGGCAUCCCAGCCAUGACUCAGUGCUGUAACCAGCUGGACAGUUGCUAUGACACCUGCGGCUCCGACAAAAACCGCUGUGACUCCAAGUACCGCUUGUGUCUCCACGCUAUUUGCUCUGACCUGAAGAAGAGCCUGGGGCUUGUGUCAAAGGUCAAAGCCUGUGAGACCGUAGCAGAUACUCUGUACAACACAGUGUGGACACUGGGCUGCAGAUCCUUCAUGAACAGCCAGAGGGAAGCAUGUUACUGUGAGGGAGAGGAGAGGGACGAGCUGUAGAGGACCAGGCUGGGACACUACACCUCCCAGCCCUAGACCAACCUGGGACACAACACUACCCAGCACUAGACCAACCUGGGACACUACACUACCCAGCACUAGACCAACGUGGGACACUACACUACUCAACACGAGAGAAAGCUAGGAGGAGAGGGACGAGCUGUAGAGGACCAGGCUGGGACGCUACACAACACCUCCCAGCACUAGACCAACCUGGGACACUACACAACUCAACACGAGAGAAAGCUGGGAGGAGCGGGACGAGCUGUAGAGGACCAGGCUGGGACACUACACUACACUACCCAGCACUACACAACACUACCCAGCACUAGACCAACCUGGGACACUACACUACCCAGCACUAGACCAACCUGGGACACUACACUACCCAGCACUAGACCAACCUGGGACACUACACUACCCAGCACUAGACCAACCUGGGACACUACACUACACUACCCAGAAUUAGACCAACCUGGGACACUACACUACACAGCACUAGACCAACCUGGGACACUACACUACACUACCCAGCACUAGAUAAACCUUGGACACUACACUACCCAGCACUAGACCAAGCUGGGACACUACACUACCCAGCACUAGACCAACCUGGGACACUACACUACCCAGAAUUAGACCAACCUGGGACACUACACUACCCAGCACUAGACCAACCUGGGACACUACACUACACUACCCAGCACUAGACCAACCUGGGACACUACACUACACUACCCAGCACUAGAUAAACCAUUUUCAACCUCUGUCAUAUCAUGGAUUCAGAGUGAUCAAUCUAAUAGAACACAAAGGGGUUUCUUUAAUGGAAGCUUCUCUAAUGUCAAUCGUGUAAAAUGUGGUGUACCGCAGGGCAGCUCUCUAGGCCCUCUACUCUUUUCUAUUUUUUUUAUUUUUACUAAUCAAUCAAAUGUAUUUAUGAAGCCCUUUUUACAUCAACAGAUGUCACAAAGUGCUAUACAGAAACCCAGACUAAAUGACCGACCACGAGUUUUAAGUAAAGCAUGUGUGUCUAUGUAUGCUGAUGAUUCAACAUUAUACAUGUCAGCAACCACGGCCAAUGAAAUUACAGCAACACUUAACAAAGAGUUGCAGUCAGUUUUAGAAUGGGUGGCCAGUAAUACAUUAGUCCUGAGUAUCUCUACAACUAAAAGCAUUGUAUUUGGUACAAAUGAUUCCCUAAGUUCAAAACCUCAGCUGAGUCUGAUAAUGAAUCAUUUGGCUGUUGAGCAAGAUGAGGAGACUAAAUUACUUGGCAUUACCUUGGAUUGUAAACUGUCAUGGUCAAAACCUAUUCAUUCAAUGGUUGUGAAGAUGGGGAAAGGUCAGUCCUUGAUUUAAGCCUAGAUUCAGUCAGAUCAAUUGUUAACCAACGAUAGCAGACACAUGCAUAGCGGCUGUUUUGGCGGUAUCUGAGGUGGAACUGCAUUGGAGCCAUGAAAAUCGGUGAGCAGCUGCACAUGCAAUCAUUGUCAUGAAGCAACACCCGCCUCACUAGAAGCCACACCCUCCCCACUAGAAGCCACACCCUCCCUACUCGAAGCCACACCCUCCCCUCUCGAAGCCACACCCUCCCCACUAGAAGCCACACCUCCCUACUCGAAGCCACACCCUCCCCUCUCGAAGCCACACCCUCCCCACUAGAAGCCACACCCGCCUCACUAGAAGCCACACCCUCCCCACUAGAAGCCACACCCUCCCUACUCGAAGCCACACCCUCCCCUCUCGAAGCCACACCCUCCCCACUAGAAGCCACACCCUCCCUACUCGAAGCCACACCCUCCCCUCUCGAAGCCACACCCUCCCCACUAGAAGCCACACCCGCCUCACUAGAAGCCACACCCUCCCCACUAGAAGCCACACCCUCCCUACUCGAAGCCACACCCUCCCCUCUCGAAGCCACACCCUCCCCACUAGAAGCCACACCCUCCCUACUCAAGCCACACCCUCCCCUCUCGAAGCCACACCCUCCCCACUAGAAGCCACACCCUCCCUACUCGAAGCCACACCCUCCCCUCUCGAAGCCACACCCUCCCCACUAGAAGCCACACCCGCCUCACUAGAAGCCACACCCUCCCCACUAGAAGCCACACCCUCCCUACUCGAAGCCACACCCUCCCCUCUCAAGCCACACCCUCCCCAGUAGAAGCCACACCCGCCUCACUAGAAGCCACACCCUCCCCACUAGAAGCCACACCCUCCCUACUCGAAGCCACACCCUCCCCUCUCGAAGCCACACCCUCCCACUAGAAGCCACACCCUCCCUACUCGAAGCCACACCCUCCCCUCUCGAAGCCACACCCUCCCCACUAGAAGCCACACCCGCCUCACUAGAAGCCACACCCUCCCCACUAGAAGCCACACCCGCCUCACUAGAAGCCACACCCUCCCCACUAGACGCCACACCCUCCCUACUCGAAGCCACACCCUCCCUACUCGAAGCCACACCCUCCCCUCUCGAAGCCACACCCCCAUUUAGAAUGUGUAUGCUACGUAGAAAUAAUUACGCAUUAAACAAAAUAAUAAGGAUUUCUAUUAUCAAGGUGUAGAUUAAAUAUCACAUUGUUCCCACUUGUUAACAAAUCUGCAUGGGAUUUCGGUUAAUGCAACUCCAUGCAGCCAAUGGCAAUGUCCGCUUUAGUUAUAAUGCCGGGAGCCACUUGUGGAUUUAACAGCUCAGUUCCACCUCGGACACCAUCAAAAUAACCGUUAUGGAAAAUGUUGAGUAGAGCCCAAAGAGGUGUUGAAUCUACCAAAUUGUUUGCUGUACUCAACUUACACACAGCUCUGACACACACACUUAUCACACCAGACAUGCCACCAGGGGUCUUUUCACAGUCCCCAAAUCCCCAAUGAAUUCAAGAAAACGUACAGUAUUAUAUAGAGCCAUGAUUGGAAAUGGAAAUCCUUUUCAUCUCAGAUUGCUCAGGUGAACAGCAAACCUUUAAGAAACGCAAUGCCUGUCCCCUAUUUAACCUAAAUAUGUGUAUGUACUGAUAGAUGCCACUGAAUUUAUAUGUAUUAUAUGAACAUGUAAAAUGAUAAAUGCAGGACUAGAAUA